AUGGUUACAGAAAACGUUUUACAGCGUUUAAUUGAUGCGUACAGCCCUAAGAUGGAAAACGGCGAGAUACAGUUCACUGUACUUCCACAGGUUGCAUCGUUAAAACAUACAUCGCCCUUGAUAUGCGAAGCACUUCAUGCUGCGUCGCUCCUGAUCAUCGGUCGAUUUGACUCUAAUGGAGGCCUCGUGUCAGCAGGAUACCAACACUAUAACAAGGCUAUUAGGCUACUAGGCAGAUCACUGCCUCAGCUCAACGAACAACUCUCACUGGAAGCACUUACGGUAACCUACCUUUUCGGGGUCAUUGAAAUGUCAACUUCGUCUUAUAAGACACUCCUUAAGCAUGCGGGUUGGGCUCUUCGCCUAUUCCAACGUCGAUCGCCGCAGCGCCAUCAAACGGGGCUUGGGAAAUCACUAUUCUUAGAAGUAACCUUUGCAAUUCUUCGUCGCCGUCAUACGUUUUUAGGCACGAAGGAAUGGUUAACAGUACCAUGGGUUAACGACGAAAGGCACAAGGAUAUUUUACAACAGCUCCUAGAUAUUGCAUCCCGAAUACCUUCCUUCCUUGCGGAGUUGGAUUAUAUUAUGUCAAUGGUCAGCGAGAACUGUCUUUCACCGCUGGAGAUACAGUCUCAACAGGAGAAACUCAGCGGAAGGGCAGCCAAUAUUUUCAAGCAGCUAGACGUUUGGAAGGAAUCUGUUGUCUCUGCCUACUCAUCCGGAAGUAUCACGGAGUCUCCAACACCAUAUAGGGACGAUUUUCCAAUGUUUCAAUGCCAUAAUCCCGACAUGGGGAUCGUGUUCGCAACACAUUAUGAGUAUCACGACGUUCUUCUUGCCAUCGCGAUGUGCUACUAUUGGGCACUACUCUUGGUAAUAUCGGAACCCACGCCGGUUCCUCUUCGCUCCUUGAAGCCGCGUGAACGAUAUGCCAUUGCCUGCAAUAUAUGUCGCAGUACCCGCUACUUUAUUUAUACCGCUCCACGGAAUUUGAUUUAUCGGUUGCUGUUUCCUUUGCUCAUGGCUCAUGGCACCUUUGUUCCGGGUUCUGUGGAGAUGGAGUUUGUGCAGGAUGUGAGUAAAUACAUCCAGAGGCAUUUCAGGACUACUAUUUUCAACUCAAUGAUGGGCGCUUCUUCUAAUGUCGACUACCGGGAACUGAGUAAACUAUUCUAG